ACAGGAGGUCAUUUUAGUGUACUUGUCUGCAUGACUUCAUAAACGAUGGAGGCGAGACUUCUCUUCUUGUUCUAUGUCUCGGCAGCUGCUGCUGCCAGUGCUGUCAGUACUUCCACAAUAAAAACGUGGUUUGACCUUCCUGGCUUACGCGCCGCCAUCUCACAGAAAGCCAUGAUCCAGUGCUGUUACUCCUGUACGUGUAAACCAGACGUUAUGUGGAUACAGAUUAUUAUGGUUUCCCAGAACAGUAGUGAAGUUAAUGUUGUAGAUCUGAAAAAUGGACGAGCGGAGAUCAGACAAGAAGAAAAAAGCGAGACACUGCAGUGCUCAAACCUGAUGCUAAAAGACCUCGUGCUGAAUGAUACAGGCCUGUAUCAAUGCACUCUAAAGGAAUCCAACAAAACUGUCAAGACACCCGGCACCUAUUUACAAGUGUACGAGCCUGUAAUAAUGAUUCUGAACAUCGAUGAGCGGAGUAAAAACAGCAUCAUCACUGCUGAAGGUGUUUUCCUGUUGCUGUUUGUGCUCCUUCCUGGCAUCGUGCUCAUCUGCAAGUCAAAGGGCUUGAAUGAGGUGGAGAAACAAAAGGGAAAAGAUGAAGAAAAUAUUUAUGAGGGUCUAAACCUGGAUGAUUGCAAUUCUACAUAUCAUCAAAUUCAGCGCUCGCUCGUCCAAGGACCAUACCAGGAUGUGAUCAACAAUGACGACGAGGAUAUUCAGCUGGAGAAGCCCUGAGUGGGUGGCUGUGAGGAGUCUGGAUCAGUGUGAUCUAUAAACGCACACUGUGGCUUAAUUGCUAAUGUUUGCUUUGUCUGUUGUAGAUAUGAAUUAGGGGCGUAACCAAAUGUGAACACGUUAUUCAGAUUGAACACAUAAUGCACCCUAAAUGAGUACAGAUACAGAAGCAGGUGGAGUAUCCUCUCUUUCUUUUUUUUUUUUUUUUUUUUUAUCUUGCCAGCUUCAGGGCCUGAGAUUGUGAGGUUUAUACUUUUCAAUAACGUUGAGCUUUAAAGAACAGCUCACUGGAGGGUUGCCAGGUUUGACCAAAAAAAAAAUCCCCCAACUCAAAACCACAUAAAUAGGCUUGAAACUUUUGGGGAAACAAGUUAACAUUGGUACACUUUUCUGAUUUAUAGUAUACAUCUGCAAUAUGUGGGUAUUGUAUGUAGAAACAGGCAACCCUACCCACACAAAUUAAAAAACAAGUUCUCUAACUUGAUACUAAUGGGAGAUUAAAUACUCCAUUUUAGCUUGACUGCCUUACUGAGCUCCACAAUAAACCACAUUUCUACCAUAUUUCUGUACAAGCAAAAACUAUACCGUCUGCUUUCAGAUCUUCAGUCAUCGCUCCACGUAGCUCAUUCAGACCACAACAAUUGUUCUCCAAUGUUAUUAAAAGAAAAUCAUACAGGCGUUAUAAUGAAAUGCGGUUUAAGUAGGUAUGUCAGAUGAGAAUUCAAAUUCAGUCCAAAUUGCAUGAAACUGCUCUCACUGAAUUCAGAACUGAAUGCAGAACAACAUGCUUUUUACAGAAUUAAAAUGUUUAUCCGUUCUUGAGAUAUUACAAAUCAAAGACUGAAAAAACGGCUUAAGUUUUAGAAAACUGCUGUAAUAUUCGGUAUGAGGAUCGCGUGGUCCAAAAUGGACCUCAUUAACGAAUCCGAUCAAAUGUUUUUUCUUACUAACUUUUCUAUUUCUCAAGAUAUUCACAUGGAAAUUGGCAGGCACACAGAUGGUUGUGUACUGAAUACAAAGUUUGAAAAAUUAGUAAAAACUAAUUAUGCAAAUUAGUAUUUAAUUACUAUUAAUUAUACUAAUUAGGUAAAACCGUUAAAUCGGUAAACACAAUAAAAGAGUAAUAAGAUUAUUUCUAAUACCCUCUUUGUGCUCUGUAGGCCUUUGUAUUUCUAAGUAGGGCCUGCUAGUGUUUAUAUUAAAGAAUAUAAAUGAUAAUAUUCACAGCUUUCAAGGUGAACCUCAAAAAAGCUGCGUGAGCCACAUCCAAUAAACAAUUCACAUUAAAGGUCCCAUGGCAUGGUGGUUUGUUGAUGCUUUAAACGGGCUCGUGGAGGUUUCCGGAUGUUAUAUCCGAAGCCUUUCUCGAAAUGAACCCUCGGCACGUAGAUAUAGCCUCCUGGGAGAAAGCCCCGUUUCAGCCCUUUUCCCAAUGCGUCGUUUUGCUAAUGAGAAGCA